AUGUCGACAGCAGAUUCAGCGUCGGCUGAUCCCGACACAAAACCAGAGCCUAUGAAGACAGAAAUUCCGUCUUCAUCAACACUUUCGUCGCUUGGAUCUGAGAUCGAGUCGCCAUUCACCCCGGUGCGACCGCGGCGCAACGUCACCGCUCCCAGGCUAUUCGGAUCACCAUCCAAGAGCGACUCCAAACCAAUCCCGCAACGGCCAAAGAGGGGCACUCUAGCGGAAAAGAGAGCAAAGGCGCCCAAGAAGCCAGAAUGGGAUGCUGAAAGUAUCCUAAAAGACCCAGCGUCGCCUCUAGCCUCGGCGAAUCUAAGAAGCAUUCUAUGUAACCCCAUGGCAUGGACGGCUCUGGACCAAGAUGACAAGGCGGAAAUCCUGGCUCUCUUUCCCGACAAGGGCCAUAUCCUAGACUCUGGAACGGAAGACGCGCGACCCAACUUUGCGUCGUUGAUGAACGACGACAGCUUCCGCUACGACUGCGCUGCGUACACGGAAAACAUUGCGGAGGGCCGCCACGAUCCGGAGUGGCUUGCGUCGGCGUGGAGCGCGCAUGAGAGAAGGAAGGCGGGUGAUUUCGACAAGUAUCUGAUGGACAAGCUGGAGCAGGAUUGGGGUGUUGAGAUUCCUGAGGAAAUGAGGAUUCGGAGAGAUUUGCCUGAGGCGGAGAAGAAGAUUAAUGGGGAUGCACAGCGAAUGAAGAUUGUGUCUAGGAACAGGGAGAUACGCGAUAGUAUGGAGAUUGAUGAACUUGCGCUCUAA